CUGCCUCCCGGGGCGCCCUUGGGAAGAGCGUGGGUCAUGGCUGGCGGGGCACGGGGCUGCGGGGCCAGCCUGGACCUGCUCCGGUCCCUGCCGCGAGUGAGCCUGGCCAACCUGAAGCCCAACCCCGACUCCAGAAAACGGGAAAGACGUCCAAGAGACCGGAGGAGAGGGAGGAAAUGUGGCAGAGGCCACAAAGGAGAAAGGCAGAGAGGAACUCGACCCCGGCUGGGUUUCGAGGGAGGGCAGACUCCAUUUUACAUCCGGAUCCCAAAAUACGGAUUUAAUGAAGGACAUAGUUUCAGGCAUCAGUAUCAGCCUUUGAGUCUCAGGAGACUGCAGUAUCUCAUUGAUUUAGGGCGAGUUGAUCCAACUCAGCCUAUCGACUUAACCCAGCUUGUCAACGGCAGAGGCGUGACCAUCCAGCCGCUUAAGAGGGAUUAUGGGGUCCAGCUGGUUGAAGAGGGUGCUGAUACUUUUCAAGCAAAAGUGAAUAUUGAGGUGCAGUUGGCUUCAGAAUUAGCCAUUGCUGCAAUUGAAAAAAAUGGCGGUGUCGUUACUACAGCCUUCUAUGACCCAAGAAGUCUGGAAAUUCUGUGCAAGCCUGUUCCGUUCUUUCUGCGGGGACAGCCCAUUCCAAAGCGAAUGCUCCCUCCUGAGGCCCUGGUGCCGUAUUACACGGAUGCGAAGAACCGGGGGUACCUGGCCGACCCUGCCAAGUUUCCUGAAGCAAGACUUGAACUCGCCAUGAAGUAUGGCUACGUUCUUCCUGAUAUCACGAAAGAUGAACUCUUCAGAAUGCUCAGCGCUCGGAAGGAUCCAAGGCAAAUUUUCUUUGGCCUUGCUCCUGGUUGGGUGGUGAAUAUGGCAGAUAAGAAAGUUCUGAAGCCUACAGAUGAGAAUCUCCUCAAGUAUUACAGCUCCUGAACUCUCUUCCAGCAAAGCAGACGUGAUGAGAACCAGACAGACUGAGAAGAGGCUCUUAUGGGUCUCAAAUCCUCGGGGUUGUUAGUAGCUGUUGGUGUGGUCAGAUCCGAAACUAA